AUGAAGGGUCUCGCAGCUGUUGCGUUUCUGCUGUGUCUGGCGUCCGCACACAAGUCCGGCGACGUCAAACACAAAUGGUGGAGCAUCCCGGAGCCCGUGGCCACUGUCGGCAAGUUGUUCUACUUCAAAAUACCUCAUGACUCGGUCAUCGACAACACCGGUCCCGUUGACUUUGUGGGUCAAGAUGGUGGUGGUCUUCCAAGUUGGUUAGUUCAAGGUAAAGGUGAGCUUGAAGGAAUACCUGGACCCGAAGAUGUCCGUGAUCAUUUGUUAGUAAGAGCAGGAGAUAAAAGUCGCCGAAUAGUUUCUGAUGUAGCUUCUAUCAGAGUUGCGCCUCUAAAAUGGAAAAAUGUUCGAAAUAAUAAACGAUGUAAAAAUUCUGAAGAUUCUAUUUUGCUAUGCCUUGUUAUUGGUAUGAAUUUUAAGAGCAUACAACCUUUACAAAGGCUUAUCGCACUGAAAAAUUUGGCAGGAUUUUUAAGUCUUCCUCAAGAUGCUGUGCUAUUAGUGCCUCAAGAAAGUGUAUCUUCUUGGUUAAUUGACUAUUUAGUAACAUCUGAACGCCAGUCCCAUAAAAAACAUCAAUUCAAUGAUACAUCUUUUGUCCUUUGGGAGGUUGGCUGUGGAGGUGAUAUUUCGCCAGAACAUAUUGAUCAUGUACGUCAAAUGCAGAGUAAUACUGUUGAUGGAACAUUAUCUGAAGUAUUGCAGUUACCAGUUACCAGUUGGAGAUUAGUUAACUCAUUGAAUCCUUUGCGAGGCCGACGUCAAGUGGCAGGUGCGAAACAAGAUACAAUUUCAGGAAAUGUCAAAUUAGAUGACUAUGAUGAUACCAAAAAUGUUAAUACUCAAUCUUAUAAUGAUGAUGAUGAAGAAGAAGAAGAAAUUAUUCCUGAUACUAGACAACUCAUUAUUGAACCAUCUCCAUCUUAUAUAAAUCAUCAAUAUGAUACCGACCAUUAUCAUAGACAUCACCGUAGAGAUGAAUCUGUAUUGAACAUUCCAAAAGAUAUUAUUAACUCUACACCUGUUCAAAACAUGAAAUUACCUUCAACUCUUGAUUUAAGUGGAGCUAUUGAAUCUUUUGCAAUUCAGCCAACACCUUCAUUCUACGAAUCAAAAUCUUCUACUCCUACUACCGAACAAUUAUCUGAAUCUGUGGUUAUGGGUGAUUCAUAUGAUACAACAAUCAUACCAGAUGAAAGUAUGUCUACUGAAACUCCUAAUUUAGGAACAGACAAAUUAAAGGAUCUAGCCAAUGAGAAUUCUGUUAGUACUUCAACUACUACUACUACUACUACAAAUGGAGAAAAUCCUAAUACGUCACCAAUAAUUAAACAUAAGUUACCCAAACUUGCUAUUACAGCUGGAAAACCAUUUAAAUAUCCAAUUCCCAACAAUAUAUUCUAUGAUGCUGAAGAUGGAGAUGUAAAACACUUAAAGUUGGCACUAUUGAAUGCAGAUCCAACACUGUUAUCAUGGGUUGAGUUUGAUGCUGAAAAACAAAUCUUACUUGCUUUACCUUUGGAGGAUCAUGUAUCAAAAUGGGAAGUAGUAAUUGAAGCAAAAGAUUCUGGGAAUCUGACUGUUAACAAUACAUUAGAACUGGUUGUUCAACAGUUACCUCACUUACGUGCUAUUAACCAUCAAUUAACUUUACAAUUGCGCUUAAAACAAGACUCAUUAGCGUGGACUCAUCCAGUUAACUGGAGCUUAGAUAUCAUUGAUAGAAUCAGUACAAUUUACUCAACUAAUGUUAAAGACAUCACAGUCUUAGAUUGGCCAAGAAUCUCUGUAUUAGCUGCCAAUAAAGAUAAACAUAGCUUUCAGUUUACCUGGACCAACGAUACACUGCCACGUGAAGUCUGUCCCAAUGAACAAAUAACUCAAAUUUUAGGAGUCUUAAAACCAGAAAAAGGUAAUAAAAUGAAAUCUGGAAAACAAUUUGGCCCUUCAGUUGUUUUGGAAGAUUUUAGUUGGCAAGGAUUGGGUAAUUGUGCCUCAACAUCAUUUAUUUCAAGUCAAAAUUAUCAACCUGUGUUGCGCAAUCCAGUUGAUCUCAUUAAUGCCACUUAUGGACAAUUAUUAUCUUAUGUCGUACCAGUGGAUACAUUUUAUGAUCCUGAAGAUGGUUCUUCGCGUAGAUUGAAAUUAUCAUUAAUGACUAUUGAUCGUACACAAGUUCCAGAAAAUAAUUGGUUACAAUUUGACACUAAAAAUCAAGAAUUCUAUGGAAUUCCAUUGUGGGGUGAAAAAAUCCUUUCUGAAUAUCAACUUAUUUGUACUGAUAGAGAAGGUAGAUCAAAUCACGAUAGUUUAGUAGUAUCUAUACCCAAUACAACUAAGCCUUUGCCAUCAGCUGAAUUUGAUAUGAUAUUCAAAACUCCAGAGUUCAAAGAAUUCAAUAAUUCAGCAAAAUUAAAAAAAUUAUUUGUUGAACGUGUAGCUAAUCUUUUUAAAGAUAAAGAUACAGCCAAUAUUGUUGUUCUUGGAAUCAGCUCAGUAAAUGGUAUGACAAUGGUGACAUGGUACAAUAAAACAUUGGAAAUGAAUCGGUGUGAAGAAGAAAAAGUUCUACAAUUGCGACAAGUCUUAUUAAACGAAGAUGAAAAGUUAUCUGAAAAUGUAACAAAAAAUAUGAAACCAUCAUUUAAUGUAGUUGGAGCGCAUGUUAUACCUUCUGGUAUAUGUGAAGGUGGAUUUACCGUAGUUCGCCCACCAAAACCGCCCAACAAUGUUACACCUCGUGAUGACAAUAUUUUGCUUUUAUUCGAUACUUCAGACCAGUAUUUUUCGACAUUUAUUAUUCCAGCAAUCAUAAUUUUAGCUAUGAUGCUGUUUGCUGGAUUACUGGCUUGUUUAUUGUAUCGACGACGACCAUCAUCAAAGUUAAGAAUUGGUGAUGAUGAAAGACAAAGCUUCCGAAGCCGUGGUAUUCCAGUUAUAUUCCAAGAUGAGUUGGAUGAAAGACUUGAGCCUACAAAUAAAACACCAAUAAUCAUGAGAGAAGAAAAGCCACCUCUACCACCACCUGAAUAUCAAAGAUCGCCACCAAUGGCCACCACAGCUUUACUUGCCGAUACAGAGGAUUCACCAUAUCAACCUCCACCACCGCCUUUCUCAAAUGUUGGCUCUAAUCAUAGGUCAAAACCAUCAUCAACUCCGUCAUAUCGCAAACCCCCACCCUACGUUCCUCCUUAACAAGUCUGAUUCUAAAUUAGUUUUUAAAUUGGUCUUUUACAUCAAUUUUUGACUGAUCAAUUCCUUUUAGUCAUUAAUUAAAAUUUUUUAAUACAUUAUUAUUUAAGUAUUAAUUAACAAACAAAAUAGUGUUCACAAUAACAUUAUUAUUAAUUUUUUAUUUAUUUUCGUAGUAAUCAGUAUAUUUUUUCUAUAAUUGUAAGUAUUUUAUUAAAUGGUUUUUUGCAAGUGUUAGAGUAAUAUAAUAUUACAUGAAGUAGGUAUUUAUUAUUUACUUUACCGUUCAUCAUUUCUCCAAACCCUCGCUUAUUGUUCUAUGUAUAGACAUGAGUUUGUUUAAUAAUUACUCAUAAAUAAUUAAUAUUAUACAACUGAAUAUACUACAUAGUUAAUGUAUUAUUAUUUUUUUACAUGUUCACAAUGUUUUUUUUUAUAAUCAAAUUUUUUUUUAUUCAAUUCAUUGAUUAUUAUUGAUAUUUAUUACUAUUAUGACAAAUGACAUAAUCGUUCUGCCUAAUUUAUCAUAUUUGUAAAUAUUAGUUUAAUCUUAUAAUGAUUGGACAGGUUAGAUAAUAAGAAUUAUAAUAAAAAUAAAUAAUUUUGUUAGCUUGAGAAAUUUGUUUUCACUAAACCAUAACCAAAAUUAUAAUGUAUAAUAACAUUAUACCUACCUACUCUAUGGGUUAGACUUGUUUAUUUUUUUGUUAUUCAACUAACAUAUUGCAAACAACAGUAUUGAAGAAAAAUUGUUUUACCUAACAGCUUCUAAGUAAUAUAUUAGAUAGUGGCUUUGGUGAGUAUUAAAUGUGUAUUUAGUGUACUUAAAACAAUUAUUUUUGUACAGAGGAUUUUACAUAAUCCAGUUUGUUCGGUUGAUUGAAAAUUAUUUAUUUAUUUUUUUUUUUUUUAUCUAUCAGAAAAUAUUGUAGUAGAUAAUAUUAGUUA